CUUUAGCUUUCAUGUUUAUUUUUCUUCUCAGUCCAUUGUAAACCGUUGAGUAGCAUGGAUCUAAAAUCAAAAAUUAAGUACACAACAAUAGUCAAUAAAUACCCUUCAUUUCGCGAUGAGUCGAUAAAAAGUUGUUGGCGAUGGCUCGAAGGUCGGCAAGAGGAUGAUAAUGCAGAAGGAUAUUGGCGAGUCCAUGAUAAAUUAUAUAACUUGUCCGAUUUUAUUAAAAAUCACCCAGGAGGAAGUGAAUGGAUAGCUUUGUCUAAAGGUACGGACAUCACAGAGGCAUUUGAAAGCUAUCACAUUCUCCCGAAAGCAUCAAACCUUUUGAAUAAAUUCUAUGUUAAAGAUGCUGAUAGUCCCCGCAACUACAAACUUACAUAUGAUGAUAAUGGAUUUUAUCGCACACUAAAACGCAGGGUCGCUGAAAAGCUUCCAUUACUUGAUAAAGGUGAUUUAUGGAAAUCAAAAUUCUGUUUGGAUGCAAUUGUUUGUGGAUUCCUAAUAUCGUCUAUCAUGGCAAUACGAGCUGAAUGGAUGGUUUUAAAAAUAUUUUCUAUUCUUGUUGCAUCACAAUGUGCGGCUUGGAUGAAUGCCGCAUCUCAUAAUUUUAAUCAUCAACGAGAUAGUUGGAGAAUGUAUACUGCGAAUUUUAUAUUGAUUGGAUGGAGAGAUUGGCGUGUAUUUCAUGGCAUGUCUCAUCAUUUGUAUCCCAACUCAUACACGGAUUUGGAAAUAUCUGCUUAUGAACCACACUUCCAUUGGAUUCCAGUUCAACCACGUUCGAGUCUGCAAAUUAUUAUCUCAUAUGUUUUGACACCUUUGGUUUAUAUGCUGUUAUUCCAUUCAAGCCUCUUUUCAAGGUAUUCUGGCUUUAUAUUAGCAAAAACCAAGAGAAUUCAUUACGAUGAACUUUUAAUCCUGGUACCCCCUGCAUUGAUGUUCAUCUUUGGCAAUUCAUCGAUCACAAUCUCCAACAUCACAACAAUUAUUUACGUAUGGGGAAUAAUUUUAAUGACUGGAUCCUUUUUGUACAGUUUAAUGGCAGUUAAUGCUGGACAUCAUGGAUACUCAAUUGUUCACGAAGGCGAUGAAUUUAAGAGCUUGGAUUUCGGUAUUUAUCAAAUGGCUGCAACUGUUGAUCGUAAAGAAGCUAAUCAUAGUGUUGCUGUGUCAAUUACACAUUUCGGAGAUCAUACAUUACACCACUUAUUUCCCUCACUUGACCAUGCACUACUUCCACAGUUAAGAGAAAUUUUGUACGAGACAUGCAAGGAAUUUGAUCUUGAAUUAAGAAAAUGGACUUUAUUGCAUGCAGCUGUGGAGCAAUUUAAGCAAUUAGCUAGAACUAAAGUUACAACUUUAGACUAAUAACAAUGCUUAUAAGCACGUCGAGUGAAAUUAAAUCAUUUGCAACUCAAUUAAGGUUUUAAAGUGUAAACAAGACUUGAAAAUCGAUAGGUAUUAAGAAGCUAGUAGUUUGGUUGGGUUAGAAAAAGCUGAAGAUUUAAUUAAGAUUAUUUUUGAUACUAAAAAAAUUAAUGACUGUGGUGCUGUGUAUUAUUGAUUAAUAAGUACAAGUAAACUUUAAUGAGAUUAAAAGGAUUAAUAGAGAGAUUUU